UCAAGGCCCGGCGUCCGAGUCAGGCGGAACUCUUUUUCAGGCCCCCGGACGAGGCUGGCGGACAGAGUACUCGGGAGCCGCGCCGAGUCUAGCAUGGCUGCGAUCCCUGGCUUCGGUCAGUGAGGAGUCCUGGGGACCCGGCCGCGCUCGGCCUGAUGCUCCCAUCGUCAUCCCCGUCACCCCGCGGGAAACGACACCAAAUUAGGUUCCUGCCCGUAUUUUGGGGAUGUACCGGGCAGGUUUUCUAUCAGAUGAUCCAUCGUAAUAAUGCUGGGUAACCCAAAUCUGUUUCUGGAACCAUGAAAAUUUUGUUGGUUUUUGACUUUGACAAUACAAUCAUAGAUGAUAAUAGUGACACCUGGAUUGUACAAUGUGCUCCAGAGAAAAAGCUUCCUAUUGAACUGCAAGAUUCUUACAAAAAGGGAUUUUGGACAGAAUUUAUGGGCAGAGUCUUUAAGUAUUUGGGAGAUGAAGGUGUAAGAGAAGAUGAAAUGAAGAGAGCAAUGAUAUCAAUGCCUUUCACUCCAGGGAUGGUGGAACUUUUAAACUUUAUAAGAAAGAACAAGAAUAAAUUUGACUGCAUCAUUAUUUCAGAUUCAAAUUCAGUCUUCAUAGAUUGGGUUUUAGAAGCUGCCAAUUUUCAUGAUGUGUUUGAUAAAGUGUUUACAAAUCCAGCAGCAUUUGAUAGCAGUGGUCAUCUCACUGUGGAAAAACAUCACACUCAUUCUUGCACUCGGUGCCCCCAAAAUCUUUGCAAAAAUGUAGUUUUAGUAGAAUUUGUAGGUGAGCAGUUACAACAAGGAGUGAAUUAUACACGAAUUGUUUAUAUAGGUGAUGGAGGAAAUGAUGUCUGUCCAGUAACUUUUUUAAAGAAGAACGAUGUUGCUAUGCCACGGAAGGGAUAUGCGUUACAGAAAACUCUUUAUAGGAUGUGUCAAAAUCUUGAGCCUAUGGAAUCUUCUGUUGUAUCUUGGUCUUCAGGUGUUGAAAUAAUUUCUUAUUUACAAUUUCUAAUAAAGGAAUAAUAUGCCAACAA